AUGCAUUUGUGCACCGGUCUUCUAGUGGCUAGUACGGCAUUCCUUGUAGUUGCCGCUACAGAAUUCCAAUGCUGGAAUUUCAAAUCCAACGACGAUUUGAGAGCAAAGUUCUACGAUACGAUCAAUAGUGUGAGAACAAAGCUUGCUCGUGGGAACCAACCAGUGAACACUUCCGAGAGGUGCCCAGAAGGAAAAGAAAUGUACCGACUGUCCUAUGAUUGCGCGCUCGAACUGGAGGCACAAGAACUCGUGGAAAAAUGCACUGAAUCUGUCACAGCGCCUGGAGAAAAAGGCUUAAUCAUACACAACGUAACCUUGACAACCUGUGAUCCUGCUUCGAUCUUCCCAAAGACAAUCAGAAGUUGGUUUAAUGUAAUUGAACCGGAACAGAAACCUAGUUGUACGAAAUACACGGACGAAAAGCUGAAGGAUUACGCUACGAUGGCUUAUGCAAAAGCCACUAAGAUGGGAUGUGCACAGAAGAACUGCGCUGGCACUCUCUACAUGGCCUGCCUUACUGACCAGGCACCAAAGAAAGGCGACACCUUAUACGCAGAAGGAGCUGCUUGUUCUAAUGCGAAAGGAUGCACAACGUAUGCAGGAUCAAAAUGUAGCAAUAACUUAUGCGUAGCUGGAUACAUAGAUCCAACGGCGACCACUACUGCUGCUCCCGAUACCACUACCACUGCUCCUGAUACCACUACCACUGCUCCUGAUACCACUACCACUGCUCCUGAUACCACUACCACUGCUCCUGAUACCACUACCACUGCUCCUGAUACCACUACCACUGCUCCUGAUACCACUACCGCUGCUCCUGAUACCACUACCGCUGCUCCUGAUACUACUACCGCAGCAGUUAGAACUACCACUGUCGCUCCAACUACCACAACUCCUACGCAAGUUGGACCAAAUACAAUGUGCUCCGGUAACAUUGGUAUAUCUAAUGACGACGAAAGAAAUGCUUUCCUGAGCAAACACAACGAGCUUAGGUCAAACCUCGCCCGAGGACUGGUGAAGAACGGAAAAACUAACUCCUAUGCUCGUCGAGCUUCAAAGAUGAAUAAACUGAAGUACGACUGCAGUGCAGAGAAGAUAGCAUACAACUGGGCUAGCAAAUGCAUAGACAAGCAAUCACCGAAAGAACAACGUCCAGGUCUAGUAGAGAAUAGAUACGUGUUCAACAACAUGAACAUAAACAAUCCGCCCCUAAGAGCUUCUAACAGAUGGUUUAACGAGAUAACCACAGUAGGUGUCGUACAGGAUAAUGGUUCGAAUUACUUCACAUUCAGUCUCGGUAUUACUCAUUUUGCAAAGAUGGCUUGGGAUUCAGCCACCAAAAUGGGCUGCGCUGUAUACAAAUGCAGCACCUACCUCCACGCUGUAUGCGAAUACGACUCGCCAGUUAAAGAUAACGCACAGAUCUACAAAAUGGGUCCUCCAUGCCAUCGCUGCCCAAGCGGAGGCGAAAUCGAACCUCCGAUUGAUCGUGCAGACACAGCGCAACCUCUUGCCGACUGCGCUACACCACCCCAAGGACGGCGGCAGAGUCAUGCAAAUGAAACGGUUCAGCGACGAGAACGACAGCAACUGGAACCGGGUUGUGAACUGCAGCGAUGGUUGGUACCAGCAAAGGUCCCACCAUAA